AUGACAGUUCAAGAAGGGGUAGGAACCACGCAACGCACAGGCGAUGCAUUACCUCGAAUUACAAGGGCCCGAGACAAGACAGGGAACCGCAGGAUCACCCUGAGGGGCAGCGGCGGCGGGGUCGGUGCCGCCCGGGCAGCAAGGAGGGCGCCGCGCACCGAGACCCCGGCGGGGAAGAGGAGCGUAGGCUUGGGAGGGAGGACGGGGAAGGCGGUCCGGCAUGGGCGCACGCGAUGGCUGCCCGCGUCUCCUCGGCUUUGCAGCUGCGGUGAACCCGGAGCAGGCCGGACCCAAGGGGAACCUGGCACAGCUCCUGCCUUCGUAAAUGCCUCACCGCGGGACAGGCUGGGUCGGGCGCUGUGGUGGAAGGGCGCGUUAAAGCGUUCUGGAGCUGGUAGCAAGCGAUGCAAGAGGGAGGACUUGGAUGAAGAUUUGCACCAAAAAAUCGCAACAGAAAUGAACCUUUCAGAAACUGCUUUCAUCAGAAAACUGCACCCUGGAGAUGACUUCACCAAAAGUUCCUGCUUUGGACUCAGAUGGUUCACCCCAGCCAAUGAAGUUCCUCUCUGUGGUCAUGCUACACUUGCAGCAGCUGCUGUGUUGUUUCACAUACAAAAAAACACAAAUUCAGUUCUCACAUUUGUGACGCUGAGUGGGGAAUUAAAAGCCAGACAAGUGGAAGAUCAUAUUGUCCUGGACUUACCACUUUACUUAACCUACCCACAGGUACUUCAGGAAGUACAAGAGUUAAUAAAGGCAGCCGUUGGUGACAUGAUUAUUCAAGAUCUCCGUUAUUCUCCUGACACAAAGAAACUCUUAGUCCGCCUCAGUGAUGCUUAUGAAAGGUCUGUGUUGGAAGAACUGCAAGUGAGCGCACAACGCUUUUUGUCAGCUGAAAAGACGGGAAAGGUGAAAGGACUCAUACUCACUCUUAAGGGAAAUGCCAGUGGAAAACAUAAAGGCCAUGAUUUUUACUCCAGGUAUUUUGCACCUUGGUAUGGACUUUUGGAAGAUCCUGUUACAGGAUCUGCCCAUGCUGUUUUAAGCAGCUACUGGUCAGAGCAGCUGGGGAAGAAAGAAAUGCUUGCUUUUCAAUGUUCCCGCCGUGGAGGAGAGUUGAAGAUCUCACUGCGUAAUGAUGGAAGAGUUGACAUUGCGGGGCAAAUUGCUGUUGUAUUAAAAGGAAACCUGACUUUCUGAAGACAUUGACGCUAACAAUUUCAUCUCCCGCACCUUCACAUUAUUCAUAUUAUGCUGAUUAUAUCUUAGCUCUAGGCAGUGAAUCACCACUGUGCUCAAAAGUCUUUGAUUACUUAUUGUCCAUCUUUAAAAAUUGCUUGAAAAUGCUCACUUCUGAUCUUCAAGAUCCUUGGUAUUGUUUUCUUCACUUUCAUCUUGCCACUUCAUAUGUACACUGAUCUCAGAAAAUGUCCAAGGACAGCUACCUUGUUUUUCUGCUUUUAAAUGAUUCUUUUCUUUAUUUCCAGUUUCCAUUUUUAAAGCCAUUCCUGCUUCCUGGAUUGAAUUGUAAACUUUUCUGAUUGAUAAAAUAAUCAAACUUUUUCCAUAUUCAGUCAUUCUCCAUGAAAUCUGACUACAGGCCUUCAAAAAAAAAAAAAAAUCUCUCUGCCGUAU